CAGUAUAUGUGUUAACAUUAAGCCAUUGCUUAACGUUUGGCAACAAUGGUUGACGUGGCUUAACAUCACUUCAAUUGAUUUGACCAUUGAUUCAGAUUUACAGAUAAUACAAAUCACAGAUUUAUAUAAUUUUAUAGUUUAAGUCACAGUAUAUUACAAGUGCGACCAAUUGGUGACCGACAAGAUGUAUGGCAAACGAGACAAGAAGGACGAGGAAGACCUGUCAGUUAAUCCUUUCAGUAAAAUACAGAAGACGUCAGUUCUUCAGGAGUGUCGGGUCUUCAAUGAGACGCCGGUCAACGCCAGAAAGUGUGCACUGAUUUUGACCAAAAUCUUGUAUCUGAUUAAUAGCGGCGAACAGUUGUCCACACUUGAGGCCACCGACGCCUUCUUCAAUAUGACGAAACUCUUUCAAUCAAAAGAUACAACUCUUCGCCGACUUGUUUAUAUUGGGAUUAAAGAGUUAUCAAAAGUGGCUGAAAAUGUCUACGUUGUGACCAGCAGUUUGACCAGUGAUAUGAACUCAAAGGAUGAUCAGUGCCGACCGGCAGCCAUGAGAGCGCUCUGUCAGAUCACUGAUGCGACCACUUUUCAGGGUAUUGAAAGAUAUAUGAAGCAAGCGAUUGUCGAUAAGAACCCAUCGGUCGCAUCGGCAGCUUUGGUCUCAUCACUACAUUUGACCAAAACUAUCGCCGACGGAGUCAAACGUUGGGUAAAUGAAGCCCAAGAAGCUGUCAAUUCUGAUAAUAUUAUGGUUCAAAACCACGCAUUAGGUCUCUUGUAUCACAUCCGUAAAAGUGAUCGGUUAGCUGUCACUAAACUUGUGACCAAAUUUAUCCGAUCAGGUCUUAAAUCGCCAUAUGCUUUGUGUCUUUUAAUACGGAUUGCAAGUAAAUUGAUAGAAGAGGAAGACAGAGGUCCAGAGAGUCCUUAUUUUGAAUUUAUUGAGUCUUGUUUAAGACAUAAAUCAGAAAUGGUUGUUUAUGAAGCGGCCAAUGCUAUUGUUAAUCUUCAAUUUACUUCUCAACGCGAACUGAAUCCCGCCGUAUCUGUCCUUCAAUUGUUUCUAUCGUCACCGAAACCUACUCUUCGUUUUGCAGCCGUUCGUACACUGAAUAAAGUAGCGAUGAAUCACCCGAACGCUGUGAUGGCCUGUAAUGUAGAUUUAGAAAAUUUAAUUACAGACUCAAACCGAUCGAUUGCAACUCUGGCCAUAACAACACUUCUGAAGACUGGUAACGAAAGUUCAGUAGAAAGACUUAUGAAACAAAUUGCAUCGUUUAUGUCGGAAAUAUCUGAUGAGUUCAAGAUUGUUGUUGUUGGCGCCACCCGUCAAUUAUGUCAAAAGUUUCCCCGAAAACAUAACGUUAUGAUGACAUUCUUAUCUUCAAUGCUAAGAGAAGAAGGGGGUUAUGAGUAUAAGAAAUCUAUAGUCGACACUAUUAUAUCAAUCAUUGAAGAUAAUCCCGAAGCUAAAGAAGCCGGAUUAGCACAUCUUUGCGAAUUUAUCGAAGAUUGCGAACACACUGGACUUGCGGUCAGAAUUUUGCAUCUCUUGGGUCGUGAAGGCACUCGUACUUCAAAUCCAUCCAAAUAUAUUCGUUUUAUUUAUAACCGAUUGAUCCUUGAGAACGCUCAGGUCAGAGCUGCCGCUGUCUCAUCGUUAGCCAAAUUUGGCGCUCAUUGUGAAGAACUUUUGCCUCAAAUUCUGGUUUUGUUGGAGAGAUCGACGUUAGAUAAUGACGAUGAAGUACGCGACCGAUCGACAUAUUAUCUCAAUAUUUUAAAACAAAAACAAAAGUCACUCUAUUCGUCGUUUAUUUUAAGUCCACUUCAAGUUUCAAUUGUUGGCUUAGAAAAGGCGUUGCAAUCAUAUUUGUCGGACACUUCAGACGUUCCGUUUGAUAUCAAAACAGUUCCACUUUCGACAACACCAUUCGUUUCGGAAGAAUUGACAAAAAAAUCAAAUAUUAACAACACUAACAAUAUUGUUAAUAAUCAGAUUAAAGCACCGGGAGAAAAGAUGGCCGCCACCCGUCAAGAUAUUUAUGCCGAACAAUUGGCCUCAAUCUCUGAAUUAAAUGCAUUAAAAUUGGGUCCAAUUAUUAAGUCGUCACUUCCCGUAGAGUUAACUGAAUCUGAGACCGAAUAUGUUGUGCAAUGUAUUAAACAUAUAUUUAAAGAUCACAUUGUAUUUCAAUUUGAUUGCACCAACACUUUGAACGACCAAAUACUUGAAAAUGUCAACAUUUCAAUGCAGGUGGCCGAUGGGUUUCAAAUAGUAGAGAUAGUCGAGUGCUCUAAACUUGUUUAUAACAUUCCCGGAACCACUUAUGUAUGUUUGGUCAUACAAACUGACGAUAUCUCACAAUUUUCCAAUUCAUUUACAAACGUAACGCUUAAAUAUAUUGUAAAAGAUUGUGAUCCAAACACUGGUCAAGUUCUUGACGACGAUGGAUACGCUGAUGAAUAUGUAUUAGAAGAUGUGGAUCUAUUGGUUGCCGAUUAUAUGCAGCGAAUAAUGAAACCUAAUUUUAUGAGCGCUUGGGAUGAGAUGAGUACCGAAACAGAAGUCGAGGAAACGUACGCUCUAUCGAACUUUAAGACUCUUGAGGAGGCCAUCAAAAACAUUGUGUCAUUUAUGGGAAUGCAUGCCUGCGAUCGAUCAGAUAAAGUUCCCGAAGGCAAGAGUGCACACACCAUAUAUUUGUCGGGUAUAUUCAGAGGCAUCGAUGAAGUUCUCGUUAGAGCAAAGUUAGCCCUUUCGGCCAACACUGAAGGCGUUACUAUGAAACUGACAGUGCGCUCACAGAAUGAAGAAGUGGCACAGUUUAUCGCUUCAGCCAUUGUCUGAUUGUGUGACAAAACAUCAUUUAAUUAUACAUUUUAAUUAUAUUUAAUAAAUUAAGAUAAAUAAUGUA